AAGAGAGUUGCAUCAGAUCAUACGAUAGUGAAAGAAAAUUUUUGCGAUUUUUUUUAGAACCGAACGAGGCGAUUUUAUUAAAAAAAACCUUCGAAACUACUUCAACAAUUUAUCAAACAAUAAGAAUUUCAUAAAAAAUUAGAAAUCAUGUCUCUUGUACCAUUUUGGCGCAUGAUGCGGAUGAUGGACCAUCAUUUCAACUCGAUGGCCCUUCGUCAUGAUUUUUUCACACCUCUAAGUGCAACAUCUGUAUUUCGUGAUAACUUUUUCAAAUCCUGGGACAAUGAAAUUUCUGUCAAAGAUGUUGCAUCAUCCGUAACAACAGACAAAGAUAAAUUUCAAAUUACUUUGGAUGUGCAACAAUUUAAGCCAAAAGAAAUAACGGUUAAAACGAAGAACAAUUGUGUCAUUGUUGAAGGCAAACAUGAAGAAAAACAAGAUGAACAUGGUUUUGUCACCCGUCAUUUUGUAAGACGAUUUAUGUUGCCCCAAAACCACGAAGCAUCUGAUGUUGUCUCCAAUUUAUCAUCAGAUGGUGUCUUGACCAUCACGGCACCAAAACGCGUUUUACCAGAAGAUGAAAAUGAAAGGGUUGUCCCUAUAACACAAAUGGAGAACAAAGAGGCUAUUAAGAAUUAAUAUA